AUGGGGCCGCUCCCGGGGCGCACCGGCGCGGGGGGGACCGGCGCGGGGGGAGCUGGCUCCGGGGAGACCGGCGCGGGGGGAGCUGGCGCGGGGACUGGCGCGGGAGGGGCGCAAGACACUGGGGCAGGAGGGGGAGCUGGACCGAACUUCCACAGGGCUGCAGCCGUUCGGCUCACGGCCGUGCUCGUGCCAGUUGGCCUGAAGCAGCCGCAGCCAGGCCAGCCGCUACAGGAGCAGGCUCUUUCUGGCACCGCUACAGCUGUUGGUUCCGCUACAGCUGCUGGUGGUGGUGGUGGUGGUAGUGUUGGAGGCGGUGGUGGCGCGGCGUUUGUUGCACUGCAGGCGCGUUUGUCCACGUCAUCCGCGUGGCCUGCCAAGGGGCGUGGCGAAGGUGGGGCGUGCGCGCUUCUCGUGGCAUGCGCUGGAGACGACAGGCGUGCACUCGCCCGCCCGCUGUCACGCCUGCACCUUCCUCUGCAAGGUGCGUCCCCCUCCUGCACUCGGUCUCCCCUUGUUCUCCACUUAUGCUCCCCUCCUGUUCUCCCCCUGCGCUCACCCGCCCGCUGUAACGCCUGCACCUUCCUCUGCAAGGUGCGUCCCCCUUUAACCACCAUCCCCCCCAACCCCCCCCCUUCCACACCCACUCUGCAAGCCCCCCUCCCCCGGUCCUCCCCUCCUGCACCUACCUCUGCAAGGCGUCCUCUGCAGGCGUCCUCUGCAGGCGUCCUCUGCAAGCGUCCUCUCCCACACAUCCGUAACCACAUGCUUCUUUCCCAUGCCUUCCUCUCCCACCUCUCUCUCCCACCUCACUUUCUCCCCCUCCGCCCUUCCCCCUCCGCCCUUCCCCCUCCGCCCUUCCCCCUCCGCCCUUCCCCCUCCGCCCUUCCCCCUCUCUCCGUCCACCCCUGCCUGCCCACCCCUCCCGCCCCUCUCCGCCCCUCCCGCCCCUCUCCGCCCCUCCCGCCCCUCUCCGCCCCUCCCGCCCCUCCCGCCCCUCUCCGCCCCUCCCGCCCCUCUCCGCCCCUCCCGCCCCUCUCCGCCCCUCCCGCCCCUCUCCGCCCCUCCCGCCCCUCCCGCCCCUCUCCGCCCCUCCCGCCCCUCUCCGCCCCUCCCGCCCCUCUCCGCCCCUCCCGCCCCCUCUCCGCCCCUCCCGCCCCUCUCCGCCCCUCCCGCCCCUCCCGCCCCUCUCCGCCCCUCCCGCCCCUCUCCGCCCCUCCUGCCCCUCUCCGCCCCUCCCGCCCCUCUCCGCCCCUCCCGCCCCUCUCCGCCCCUCCCGCCCCUCCCGCCCCUCUCCGCCCCUCCCGCCCCUCCCGCCCCUCCCGCCCCUCCCGCCCCUCCCGCCCCUCUCCGCCCCUCCCGCCCCUCUCCGCCCCUCCCGCCCCUCUCCGCCCCUCUCCGCCCCUCUCCGCCCCUCCCGCCCCUCUCCGCCCCUCCCGCCCCUCUCCGCCCCUCCCGCCCCUCCCGCCCCUCCCGCCCCUCUCCGCCCCUCCCGCCCCUCUCCGCCCCUCCCGCCCCUCCCGCCCCUCUCCGCCCCUCCCGCCCCUCUCCGCCCCUCCCGCCCCUCUCCGCCCCUCCCGCCCCUCUCCGCCCCUCUCCGCCCCUCCCGCCCCUCUCCGCCCCUCCCGCCCCUCUCCGCCCCUCCCGCCCCUCCCGCCCCUCUCCGCCCCUCCCGCCCCUCCCGCCCCUCCCGCCCCUCCCGCCCCUCUCCGCCCCUCCCGCCCCUCUCCGCCCCUCCCGCCCCUCCCGCCCCUCUCCGCCCCUCCCGCCCCUCUCCGCCCCUCCCGCCCCUCUCCGCCCCUCCCGCCCCUCUCCGCCCCUCUCCACCCCUCCCGCCCCUCUCCGCCCCUCCCGCCCCUCUCCGCCCCUCCCGCCCCUCCCGCCCCUCUCCGCCCCUCCCGCCCCUCCCGCCCCUCCCGCCCCUCCCGCCCCUCCCGCCCCUCUCCGCAGCUAGACGCCCUCCCCAGCUUCCCCUGCCUGAGGGGGUGGUUCACAGCUCGCGGCCUCACGGACGGCCCCCACCGCUUCACAGUCACUGCGCUCAGGGCCGCGCCGGGGGUCACUGGCACCCGCCCCGCCUGCACCUGUGAACCCACGCACAAGCUCAUCCCCUUCUCCUCCCCUUCCUCCUCUCCCCGUCCGCUCACAGUUGGACUCCCUCCCCAGCUUCCCCUGCCCGAGGGGGUGGUUCACAGCACGCGGGCUGACGGAUGCUUCCCCUGUCCGCGCGGGUGGUUCACAGCGCGUGGGCUGACGGACGGCCCCCACCGCUUCACAGUCACGGCGCUCACGGGCGCGCCAGGGGUCACUGGUACCCGCCUGCAGGCCGCCGCUGCUGCUGUUGGGAUGGGCGGAGAGGGGGGAGGAGGGGUGGGAGGGGGAGGGGGAGGGGGAGGGGGAGGAAGGGGAGGGGCGCAGGUGGAGGCGCAAGCACAGGCCACAUAUGAAUGGGUCGUUGACGCGGCCAAUCCAGUGCCAACGCUGACAGUGGACCCACCGCAGGCAAGGGAGGGCGCGGUGCAGAUCAGCAUUUCUUUUUACAAGCCCUGCCCGAGCCUUCGGCAUCCAGUGCCAACGUUGACAGUGGACCCGCCACAAGCAAGGGAAGGCGCGGUGCAGAUCAGCAUCUCAUUCAACAAGCCCUGCCCGGGAUUGCAGUGCAACUCCACUGCCUACCGCGCCCCUCUGGAGGCCACUCUCUCCUACCGCGCUCCUCUGGAGGCCACUCUCACUUGCGACACGCCCUUGGCAGUGGUCAAGUACUUCACACAGCUCAGAGCCACGCCACGAGUCUCCCAGUCACCCGUGACGUGCCGGGUGCUCUUCUCCAAGCCAGUCUCUGCCUUCUCCUCCGCGUCCCUCGCUGUCGCCAACGCCACCACCAGCGGGCCCCAAGCUGUCUCCGACUUGGAAUACCAGUUCCAGGUGGGCUUUGUUUAUUCCAGGGGCCCAUGGGGUGUAGCCCGCAGGCGAGGCGAGGACUCAGUGGUGGUGGUGGACAUACGGCCACUGAUACUGCCGUACGUGGGAGAUAUGGUGAACACAUCACUGAUACUACUGCCUGCAUGCCCGGCUCUCCCGUGCUACCCGCAAUCAACCACCAAUGCUUUCCCUUGCUCCUUCCCUGAUGAUGACACGUGGAAGGUGUGGCCGACGGGCGAGGGGUCAGUGGUGGUGGACAUACGGCAUGAGAAUGUCACCGAUGCUGCCGGCAACACCUGCCAGCCCACUCAGCCCUUCUUCUUCUUCUUUGGUAUUCCCACCCGCCCCACCUUGCCUUCCACCCACCCCACCCACCCUUCUCCCACCACACUCUGCUGCACUCUUCCUGCCACACUUUCUGUUCUUCCACCUGCCAGCCCGCACAGUCGUUCUUCUUCCUCUUUACUAACCCCACGCCGCGCCUCUUCUUCUUCUCUGGUGUGCCCACCCAUCCUCCUCCCCUCUCCUCUUUUUCUCUUCGUCACCCCCUUCUCCUCCUCCCUCCCUCUCUCCCUCCAUCUCUUCCCCCCCUCCCCUCCCACCAGACACGACGCCUCCAACGGUGCAGCUGAGCGUGAACACCACGCCACCCUCAGUGCAGCUGAGCCUGAGCGAGAGCAGCGUAACAACAGACAGAACACCACGCCUCCAACGGUGCAGCUGAGCGCGAGUGAGAGCAGCGCCACCACGGACUGGGUCUACCCCAUCCUCGUCGCCUUCUCGGAACCCGUGCUGGGCUUUAACAUCUCCUCAAUACAGCUGUCCAACGGAGUCAUCACCUGCUGGACAGGAGUGGACAGGGGUUUGGGGCGGUACUACGAGGCGACAGUGGCAGCAGUGAGUGAUGGCGAUGUGACAGUAUCGGUGCCGGCAGCAACAGUGGUGGACAUAGCAGGCAACCUCAACGCGCCCUCCAACACGCUCUCCCUCACUCACUGCAAGGCAACCUCAACUCGCCCUCCGAUACACUCUCCCUCACUCACUCUAUGUGCCGCCUCACUCACUCUAUGUGCCGCCUCACUCACUCUAUGUGCCGCCUCACUCACUCUAUGUGCCGCCUCACUCACUCUAUGUGCCGCCUCACUCACUAUAUGUGCCGCCUCACUCACUCUAUGUGCCGCCUCACUCACUCUAUGUGCCGCCUCACUCACUCUAUGUGCCGCCUCACUCACUCUAUGUGCCGCCUCACUCACUCUAUGUGCCGCCUCACUCACUCUAUGUGCCGCCUCACUCACUAUAUCACACUCCUCACACACUGCUGCUCUCUCCCCAUCCCGACACACCACCGCUGUGGGACGGCUCUCUCCACAGCAGCAGCAGUCUCCCUCGCUGUCACCAUCAAGGAACGCCCCGGGAGAUGCGGGGAGCAUAGCGGCGUGGGUGGUGACGGCAGUGGUGGGGUGGACGGCUCUCUCCACAGCAGCCGUCUCCCUCGCGGUCACCAUCAAGGAGUCCCACCCCACCUCUUCUCCAGGCAUUCGAAUCGUUUCCAACCUCCCCUUCCGUGCCAUCAGCACGCCUGUUGUGGGGGCGGAUCCUUCAAGGAAUUUACUGCGCAUGGCCCUGCCUCUGCAAGUUUUUGCCCUGACGCAGAACCUGGCAGUGCAGGUGCUGCCGUUCUUCUACCGCCAGCUCAAAGGAGGGACUAAAUCCUUCACUCUUCCUCUCCAUUCCCCUUCUGCACUCGCCCUGUUCUCCCUUUCAGCGCAUGGCCCUGCAUCUGCAAGUGUUUGCUCUGACUCAGAACCUGGCAGUGCGGGUGCUGCCGCUCGCAUGGCCCUGCAUCUGCAAGUGUUUGCUCUCACGCAGAACCUAGCAGUGCGAAUGUUGCCGCUGUUCUACCGCCAGCUCACAGGGGGGCUGCGCUGGACCUACUUCUACCUCCCCGCGCCCUUCAGGGGCUCCUUUGAUGGCUGGAAGGGCGUGUACUCCUCUCCCUCUGAGGCUCCCGGGCAAGACAACAGCACCGCCCCGCCCUCCUGUGCCCCGCUAUAUCUGGCCACCAAGGCGGACAGUGCUGCCUCCUCUUCCUCCUCUCAACCUCUCUCGCCCUGUGACUCAUUGCACUAUCUCGCCACCAAGACAGACAGCUCUGCCGCCUCUUGCUCUCUCAACCCCUCUCAGCCCUCAGUUCCGACCUCUAACCCAUUGUUCUUCCCCUCCCCAUCCCUCCCCUCCCUCCCACCAGGCACUAUCUCGCCACCAGGACAGACAGCUCUGCCGCCUCUUGCUCUCUCAACCCCUCUCAGCCCUCAGUUCCGACCUCUAACCCAUUGUUCUUCCCCUCCCCAUCCCUCCCCUCCCUCCCACCAGGCACUAUCUCGCCACCAGGACAGACAGCUCUGCCGCCUCUUGCUCUCUCAACCCCUCUCAGCCCUCAGACAGACAGCUCUGCCGCCUCUUGCUCUCUCAACCCCUCUCAGCCCUCAGUUCCGACCUCUAACCCAUUGUUCUUCCCCUCCCCAUCCCUCCCCUCCCUCCCACCAGGCACUAUCUCGCCACCAGGACAGACAGCUCUGCCGCCUCUUGCUCUCUCAACCCCUCUCAGCCCUCAAAACGACUGCCAAAACCACCAGCAACAACAGCGCAAGCGGUCACAGUGGCUUCAACGCAACUGCUCUGAUAGCACUGGCAGCGGCAAGGGGCGGGGCAGGGAGGGAUGCAGCAGCAAAGGGGUUUGACCCGACGCUGCUGCCACGGCUGAGCGAGGAGGAGUAUGAGUACAUGCAAGCGUGGGGCGAUGCUUACUACUCGCACUUCCCCAACCUCUUCUACUCCUACCAUGGGUAA